AUUUAAAAAUAACUGAUAUAAAAAUGAAAUGUGCAGUUGCAAAUUGUCGCAGCGAUAAUCACUCAAAAGCCUCCAAUUGUAGCUUCUACAUUUUCCCUUCAAAUAUGGAAUUGGCAAAAAAGUGGGUGGAAUUUUGUCGGCGAGAAGACUACUUUAAUCCAAAAACUAGUUUUAUAUGCAUGAAGCACUUCACUCGUGACGACUUUGGGAACAAUCUUCAAUUCGAAAUGGCUAGUGAUUACAACAAACCGUUAAACCAGGAAAAUACUGGUGUGGAAAUAUUCGUGGAUGAAUUAGUUUUACGACGUAGGAGACAGAAUGCUGAAAGAGCUCGUGCUUAUAGAAAAAGGAAAAAGGAUCUUGCUAGUGGACUGAUAACACAUGAAAUGCUGAUUUAUAAAAAGUUUAUCGAUCAAAGCGGUGAGCCUUUUUCAAAAAAAAUUCUACAUAAAAUGCAACUAAAUGCGGAACGAUGCCGUAGGUAUCGUGAAAAAUGCAAGCGGCUAAAAUUGAGAGUCAGUAUUGAUCAAGACACUAGAGACCUUGAUACGAACGCGAGUCGAGUUAGUAGCAUGGUAACGGAGGUUACGCCGAGUACUAGUAGCGGUUCAGUAACGAGUUCUAGACAUAAUAAGUCUAUCGUUCAAAGCAGUGAGCUUGUACCUGAAAAUUCUGUUGCAGAAGAAAUUGUAAGUAAAAUGCAACUAAAUGCGGAAAGAUGUCGUAGGUAUCGUCAAAAGUGCAAGCAGCUAUAUUCGGGCGCUAGUUGUAAUCAAAACGACACUAGAGACGGUGAUUCAAGUACGAAUCGAGGUUACGCCAAGAAUCGAUUGUUGAAGCGUGGUGUUGUACCUUCAAUUUAUGAAUACUCUUCUGAAGGAUCGGAGAUGAAUACGACGAGCGAUCAGCAUGCUACACACAGAACCGAAUGGUCAGAGCUUUACGUAAAAGAAAAUUUGAAAAUAAUAAAUUUAGUGAAGACCAAUCCGUUGGUAUACACAAGUCCAUCGAUGGAAGUACGACAUGAAAUGUGGGAACAAAUUGACGUGGCAUGUGGAUUUAACAAACCCCAAUCCAAAAAACGUUGGGAGCGACUGCUGAGCGAUUUUUAUCUACACAUACUUAAUGUGUCCAAGAAAACUCAACCAAACGACGGAUUACCAACACCUAAUAAGGGAAACAUCAAAUUUCAUGACUAUUAUUAUUUCAAAGAUAUGCUUUUCAUGAUGCCCUAUAUCAAAAGCAUUGUAGGCGAUGCUAAAUUAAAAGCGAUACAGGAAGAAAUAAAAAAGGAAGAUAAUACGCGAGUAAACAAAAAUAGGGACGUAACGUUGGAGACGAUUGACAUCAGUGAAGAUAUUGAGAUACCUUCCACUUCCAAAACGCUUACAGUUACGUCCCGCAAAACAGCUCACAAGGAUUACGUAACCAUUAAAGAUAUAGAUGAAACCCCUAUAGAAAUAAAAGUUGAUAACAAUGUUUACAAAAUUGAAAUGAGUACUUCAGAAUGCUUAGAAUCUCCAGAUUAUGAUAAUCUAAUCAAACAGAAUACGUUAAUAACUGAACGCACUAAUACACAGCAAACAUGUUCAACUAAUACUGCUAAAACUAAUUUAACGACGACGGGCGUUAUGACGGAUCGUAAAUCGGCGACACCUUAUGAAAACUUAUUACCGGAAGAAAAGAGUUUGAAAGCAUUUUUUGACGCAAUGUUAGGCGCAACACAACGGUUACCUGAAUUCCACCAGCGUCGCAUUAAAGGUGAUUUGAUGAAAGCUUUACGUCAUCAAGGUGUCGAUAUAACGGAAUAGUAUACUAUAAUAGUGUUAUAAAAUUAUAUAAUAAAUAUUAAUAUUACCUUUUUUUCUUAUCUAAUUUUUUGAUUUGCAUUCUUAAAUUAUAAAAUAUUAGAUAUUUGUGUAACAAAUCGACUUUCAAAAACUAUUUUCGAAUUAAUUGUAUUGAAACCAGUUAUUAAUAAGUAUUCUUAAGGACGAGAUGUAAUCAGAAUGGUGCAAUUCUGACCAAAUUGUUAACGUUAAUUUUAAUUAAAAAAAAAAAUCCAGCAUUAUAUUUUCAGUAAUUGCAAUCAUAAAAGUUAUAACAGGAAUCGUAAUUAAAACAACAUGAUAAUUCGUACUACAUUAUUUAGUCAAAAUGAUCGAAACGCUCUUAAAAAUGAAUUCUUCA